AUGAGCCAGGAGGCCAACCUCCAACUGGACGCGAGGGAACUGUGGGACCGUAUUGUGCGGCUGCUCAGCCUCAGCGAACACUCAGAAUGGCUAAACGACAAGGUGCAGGUCUUCAUCCCCGGUGCUGCGCCGGGCUCCGUAGACCAGGAUGAGGACCCUGCCCAGAGGGUCUCUCUGCAGCUGUGGCGGCUGUACCACCAGGGCCCGGCCACUUGGAAGGGAUUCAUCCACUGCCUGUGCAUGGAGCUGAACCUGCUGCUGGAUCUGGAGGUGCUACUGAUGAGCACCUGGGGACGCGAGGAGGGGGACCGCCAUCGAGAGGAGGCUGAGGAAGAGAGUUUACAUGAGUCUCAGUCCCACACUGAGCUGGCCAAGAGCUACCUGCAGCGGCUGAGGACCUCUGCCCAGCAGCGCUACACAGUGGACGUCCCUGAGCCUGGGUGGGCCCUUGUCCCCCAGCAGGUCUACGUACCCCCAAUCCUGCAGUGGAGCCGGGCCCCGUCACCCCUGGACUCUCAGGAGGCACCCAGGGGCCCCCUGAUGGAAGACGGCCCCCAAGUCAGCCUCCAGGACCUCUUCCCCACUAGGACCGGCAAGGGCACCCGGGUGACCGUGCUCCUGGGGCAGGCGGGCAUGGGGAAGACCACCCUAGCCCAGUGGCUCUGCCGGAGGUGGGCGGACGGGCAGCUGCAGUGCUUCCAGGCCGUGUUCCUGUUCGAAUUCCGCCUGCUCAACCUCCUCCCCCAGCCGCUGACGCUCUCCCAGCUCCUCUUUGACGCGUCCCUGGGCCCCGAGGCGGCGCCCGUCACGGCCCCCGGCGCGGUGCUGCAGUUCCUGGAGGAGAGAGCCGAGGGUGUCCUGCUCAUCUUCGACGGGUUGGACCAGGCCCUGCAGUCUGGCACCGAGGCCCCCGGCUCAGCCCUCGCCCUCUUCUCGGGCCUCUGCCAAGGGACCCUUCUGCCCGGCUGCCAGGUGAUGGCCACCUCGCGCCCGGGGAAGCUGCCCGCCUGCCUGCCCAAGGAGGCCGCCCUGGUCCACAUGUGGGGCUUCGACGAACCACGGGUGGACGAGUAUGUGACCCGCUUCUUCGGCGACCAGGCGGCCCGGGAGGCAGCCCUGUCCACGUUGCGGGCAAAUAGGCAUGUCCAGAGCGUGUGUGCCAUCCCGGCUCUCUGCCAGCUCGCCUGUUUCUGCCUCCGCCACCCGCUCCCCAGCUGCUCCGGGGGCCCAGUGGCCGCCCUCCCGCCCACGGUCACGCAGAUGUACCUGCAGCUUGUGCUCAUACUCAGCCUGCAGAGGCCGCUGCCCGCCGACGCCCUGCUGGGCCUGGGCGAGGUGGCCCUGAAGGGCCUGAAGGACGGAAAGGUCAUCUUCAUCUUCUCCGGGGAAGAACUCUGUCCACCUGUGAUGGCCUGUGGGGCUGACCACGGCCUGCUGACCUCUCACCGCGUGUGCACAGGCCCGGGACACCAGGAGAUCGGCUACGCCUUCCCCUCCCUCAGCCUGCAAGGAUUUUUUGCCGCCCUGUACCUGAUGGUCAGUGCCACAGUGGACAAAGAGGAGCUGGCCCGCCACGUGGCCCUCUUCUCGCGCUGGGUGCUGAGGACCGUGGCGAGCCCACGCCUCUUGGACGCCCUCCCCGCCUUCCUGGCGGGCCUGGCCUCCCGCUCUUGCCGGCCCUUCCUCAGCCGCCUGGCCCAGAGCGACGAGGCGUGGCUGGGCGCCAGGCAGGCGGCCGUGAUACAGGCGCUGAGGAACUUGGCCGCCCGCAAGCUCACGGGCCCCAAGGUGGUUGAGCUCUGUCGCUGCAUCGAGGAGACGCAGGAGCCCGAGCUGGCCAGCUUCAGCGCCCAGAACUUCCCCCUUCAUCUGCCCUUCCAUAAUUUCCGGCUCACCUAUGGUGACCUGGCUGCCGUGACCAAUGUCCUGGGGCACAGGGAAGAACCCAUCCACCUGGAGUUUGAGGGCUGCCCCCUGGAGCCCUGCAGCCCUGAAGUCCUGGCAGGCUGUGGGCAGAUAGAGUGCCUGAGCUUUAAGAGCAGGAAGUGCGGGGAUGACUUUGCCAAAGCCCUCUCCAGGAGUUUGCCCACCAUGGGGAGCCUGAGGAAGCUGCGGCUGUCCGGAAGUAAGAUCACUGCCCGUGGCAUCGGUUGGCUGUUGGAGGCCUUGCUUCUCUGUACACAGCUGGAAGAGAUCUGCUUUCAGGACAACCAGUUCAAGGACCAGGAGGUGCAGGACAUCGUGAAGGAGCUCCUGGCUCUGCCACGCCUCCAGAAGCUCGACCUGAGCUGCAAUGAUGUCUCGGUGGCCACCCUGCUCCUCUUGACAAAGGUGGCAGUCACAUGCCCUGCCGUGAGGAUGCUGCAGGUCAGCGAGACGGAUCUUGUCUUCCUUCUCUCCCCGCCUGCAGAGACAAAUGGGGAUCUUCAAAGAGCCUCAGACCGACAGGGAACUGCCAUCCAGAAGAAGGAGACCCAGGACCGAAGCUUGAGUCUCAGGCUCCAGAAGUGUCAGCUCAGGGUCCACAAUGUGGAGAUUCUCCUAGCCCAUCUCCAGGAGGGCCUCCAACUGGAAGAAGUGGACCUUUCAGGGAACCACCUGGACGAUGAAGGCUGCCGAUUGAUGGUGGAGGCUGCAGCCCGGCUGGGCAUCAUCAGGAAACUGGAUCUCAGCAAUAAUGCGCUCUCCCAGUCGGGUCUAUACUGCGUGCUGCGGGCGGCCAGCAGGCGUCGGACGCUGGUGGAGCUGCACAUCAGCCUGAUGCACGGCACCGCCAUCUUCACCUUCUCACCAGAGCAGGAAGAGCAGGAGGACCCCCAGAAGCGGGCUGCUUCUCUCCAGAGCCCGCAGAUGCCAUCUGAGCUGCCUCCCCGCGCCCCCAAAAUCAGGUUGGCACACUGUGGCCUGCAGGCUAAACACCUAGGACAGCUGUGCAAGGCUCUGGGAAGAGGCUGCAGCUGGGGUCACCUGGACUUCUCCAGCAACGCUCUGGGGGAUGAAGGUGCCGUCCAGCUGGUCCAGCUGCUCCCGGGCCUGGGCCCCCUGAGCUCUCUGGAUCUCAGCGAGAACAACAUGUCACUGGAAGCCGUGCUCAAGUUGACCAAGUGCUUCUCCACUCUGCAGUGGCCUCUCCUCUUAGACAUCGGCCUCGAGAGCCAACGCGUCAUCCUGAGAGGGGACAGAAGAGACAGGAGCCCCGCCGAGGCUGCUCGAUCUUGGUCAGCGCUCCCAAUCGGCACCCAGGGCGCAAGGCUCAGUUCUGGUGUCCCCAGGAGCUUCUGCCUCGAGGAGUGCCGCCUGGAGCCCUCCAACCUACGCCUUCUGUGUGAAGCUCUGGAGCCGUGCCCAGGGCCGCUGGAGGUCAGACUCUCCUGCCAGGACCUGAGCAGCCAGAGCCUGGAGACGCUGCUGCAGUGCCUGCCACAGCUGCCCCAGCUCAGCCUGCUGCGACUGAACCUGGCAGAGGGCCUGUCACCAUGGAUCCCCAUCUCGCUGGCCAACCUCCUCAGCCUGGACCCACGCGUCCAGAAGGUGGAUCUAAGGUCCCUACGGCACUUGACCCUGCACUUCCGGUCCAUCGAGGAGCAGGAAAGCGGGUGCUACUGCCGGUUCACAGACUGCAGCCUGAGCCCGGAGCACGUGGAGACGCUGUGCAUGUUGCUGAGCAAGUGUGAGGACCUCAAGGAGCUGGACCUCUCUGCAAACCAGCUGGGAGACACCGGGUUCAGGGCCCUCAUGGCGCACCUGCCCCAGAUGCCGCUGUCGGGCUUGCUGGAUCUCAGUCGGAAUGGCCUCUCGCAGGAAGCUGUCCUGGGCCUGCUGCACGCUCUGCCUGCCUGCCCACGUGUGCGGGAGGCCACCGUGAGUCUGAGCUCUAGCAGCUUCCAGAUCCACGUGGGCCCACGGGAGGAGGCGGGGAAGACACUGAGGUUGAGCCAAUGCAGCUUCCGGCCAGAUCACGUGCCCAGACUGGCCAGCAGCCUGAGCCAGGCCUUACAGCUGACAGACAUCACGCUGACCCACUGUGACCUGGGCCCGGAGCAGCUGGCCACGGUCCUGCGCCUGGUGAGGAGGCCGCGGGGACAUCUGAGCCUCAGCGUGACGGAGCCGUGGGUGGACAGGACCAAGGUGCCUGUCCCACUCGAGGUCUGUGCCCAGGCCUCAAGAAACAUCACUGAGAUAAGCCUCGACGGGUUCCAGCAUCAGCUCCGCCUCCAGCUGGAGUUUCCUGGCCUGGAGAGCCCGGAUUCCUGCAGGCCGGCUGACUACGAGGCUGAGACUCAUCCCAGCCUUCUUUCCGGGCAGCUGUGGAGGGUAUGCUCCAGGCUGCGGCAGCUCAGCCUGUCGCAGGUGGUGCUCCGUGAAGCCGACUGUCAGCUACUGGGAUUUCUGCUGCCACCCUCGGGGCUGAGGAGCUUUCGGUUGACCUCGAGCUUCGUCACCCCCCAGGGCCUGGCCCCCCUGGUGUCCACUCUGAGCCGCUGCCACAACCUAGAGGAGCUGGAUGUGUCUAGCAGUGAGAUCUCUGGAGGAGACACACAGGCGCUGCUGGAGGCAUUAGAGGCCAAGUGCUGGCUGAGGAGGCUGGACCUCAGCCACCAGCACCUGAGCAGGCCCGCCCUGGCCACACUCCUCCCGGCCCUCAGUCACAUGACCCUCCUGCGGAGCCUCCGGCUGGACAGUGGCGACCUUGGCGACUCAGGCUGCUGCCCUCUGGCCACGGCGCUCAGAGCUACCCCGGACUUGGAGGAGCUGGGCCUGAGCCAGAACCAGAUUGGAGAUGCGGGUGCCCAUCACCUAGCUGCCCUCCUGCCCAAGCUGCCGGGGCUCAGGAAGAUCAACCUCUCAAAAAACAAACUGAGCCCUGUGGGUGGCGUCCACCUGGUCGAGUCCCUCACGCUCUGCAAGCAGCUGGAGGAGCUGACGCUGAGCCUCAAUGCCCUGGAGGACCGCACCGCCCUGGCGCUGGCACAGGGGCUGUCCCGGAAGCUUCGCAUCCUGCAGCUGCAGUCCACCGGUCUGGGCCCCAUAGGAGCACUGAGCCUGAGCCAGGCCCUGGAUGGGCACCCCUGCAUGGAGGAGAUCAGCUUGGCCGAGAACAGCCUGACUGGAAGUCUCCUGCUUCUCCGUGAAGGGCUCCCACGGCUCAGGCAGAUAGAUCUUAUUUUCUGUAAGGUCGAUGACCAGACUGCACCCUCCCUGGCCGCCAGCCUUCAGCUCUGCCCAGCCCUGGAGGAGAUCCUGUUGUCCUGGAACCUGCUCGGGGACCAGGCGGCCAAAGCGCUGGCCCAGGUCCUGCCACUCAUGCACCGGCUGAAGAAAGUCGACCUGGAGAGGAACCGGAUCACAGCCCACGGGGCCCAGCUCCUGGCCGAGGGGCUCGCUCAGGGCACGCAAGUGCAGGUCAUCCGCCUCUGGAGUAACCUCGUGCCCGACAACGUGGCCCAGCAUCUGCAGAGCCGAGAGCCCAGGCUGCACUUUGGAUUUUCUGACACCCAGCCCCGGGUCCCUCUGAACACCUGA